AUGCCUGAUGAGACAGGAGUUUAUAAGAACUCUUACAGGAAAUUGCAGAAAGAGUUGGGGCUCCAUUGCCUCAGUAUACAACAUUUAGAUCAGGUCUCAGGCACCCGCCUAUUUUUACGGGAACGGUUGAAUUGGCCGGAAAUUGGAAUCAGAUUCACCGGGGAACCAGCUAAGAACAAGAAACAAGCAGAAAAGAAUGCAGCCAUGGCAGCUUGGACAUCUCUAAAACUAUGUGAGUCUGAGCCAGAGAACAAUGAUGAGCUUGAACAGAUCACGAUAGCUCGGGCUCUGUUGAAUUACCAAAUAAAGGAAAAGACGGCUAUGGCAAACUCCUCCAAUGCGCCAGUAGUAUUAACAAAUAAGUUUCCUAGUCAGAAUCCUAGACCAACAGGUCCACAGCCUCCUGCUACCACCUCGAAAAUCCUUACUUUAAUCUGCCCGAAGGUGGUUCCUCGAAACAGAUCUAUGUCAGCAACAGCAAAUGAGAAGCCCGUACUGACAUCAUUGCAAACACCUACUCCUGAAAGCCGUGGUGUUCGUCCAUAA